AACUUGUCUCUCCUUGCAGUUGUGGUGGUUAUUUAAUUAUCCAGCCCAACCCACCUGCCUUCCACUCUCCUUCAACCACCAGCAAACGACAGCGUAAAACAGUCCAGCGCAAAACAAUUCAGUUCCCAGCACAUUCACACACUUCAGUCAAAAUGUCCGAGUCCAAGUCCGACAAGGUUGACAGAGUCAAGGCCAACCUGCCCCUUCCCGAGCAGCCUCCCGUCCCUGGAGACAUGAAGUCAGCCAAUAUGAAAACCACAUCUAGCACAGGGGUCUCUCCAGGUGACGUCUCGACAGGUCCUGGCGUCACCGCUGGCCUGCGAGAGCCAGCCUCCAAGGACUCCAACAGCAUCGACAUGAGCGGGAUUGGACGCCAGGGAAAAGAGGGCCUAGAGCACCCUCCCAAGGAUGCACGGAGCUGAUUUUCGAUAUUGGAACAUCCUCAUGGAAUAGGAUGGUACUUGGAAGAAAUGGUUGGUGAUGAAGUUGUGCAUAUUCUCAUAAAUUAAUUAGGUGUGUGUACCUAAAUAGAAUAAAAUACAUUGGCCGUUCG